AUGGCGCAUGCGGCGGCUCUUGCUUGGAGGACGCACCUCCCAGACCAUGUCCGCCAGCCGCUUCUUCGUUUCUACGAGGAGGACGAGCUCGAGAGGGUCUGUAACGCACUAGCCCGCCCUCCGGCGCAUUCAUGCGUGCGGGCCAACACCGUGAGGAUCUCGGGCGAGGAGCUGGCGGGGAGGAUGCGAGAGGAGCUGGAGAGGCUUGCGGUGAGGGAGGGCCCCUCGGAGCAUGCAGGGGUCAGCCGCUACGGCGAGGUGCGCGUGCAUGAAGUGAUCGGGGACGCCGUGGUGAUCCGGCCCGACGAGCAUGACGCGCGGGAGAUACUUCCAGAGGGGCGGGAGCUAGUGGUGUCGAGGAGGUGCGCAGAGGCCGUUCUUCGGGGGUCCCACAUCUUCAUCCCCGGCAUGAUGGGAUGCUCCCCACACACAGCGAAGGGAGACGUGGUGACAGUGCUGUGCGACGUGCAGGACAGGUUCCUGCGGGGGGCGAGCACGCACAUCCUGAGCACGAGGAAGCUGGAUCCCAAGAGGAUGAAAGGCUUCGUCAGCAACCACAUGCAUGAGGUGUCAGAUGAGAAGAAGCAGCAGUUCAGGCUGAACAACUCCAAGCUCUCUCACCUCUACGGCGAUACAAACCGCUCAUCCGACGCCUCGUUCCCGGAGCUACCGGAGGGCAUCGUCGUCAUCGGCAAGGGAGUCAUGCAGGUCGACCGCAGGGUCGCCAUGAGCGCCAAGGAAGGUCUGGGCUGCAUCAUGACAGAAUGCAUCUUUCGCGCCCCUCCCCUCAACGGGCUGCUCCCCGGCCUCAUGUACGUCCAGAACUUUCCUUCGAUCGUAGUCGGGCAUGUGCUUGACCCGCAGCCGGGCGAGAGGAUCCUAGAUAUGUGUGCCUCGCCGGGAGGGAAGACGACGCACGCUGCAGCGAUCAUGCAAGGGGAGGGGAGCGUGACGGCCAUCGAUCGGACGCAGGCAAAGGCAGCCGUCAUCCGCGAGAACGCGCAGCACCUUGGGCUUAAGAACGUGUGGGUCCUCAAAGGAGACUCCUCCUCCAUCCCUCCUGUUGGAGGCAACGUGCCGCUGCCAGAGGAGCUGGAGGUUGAUGCUGUGGAGCCCAGUGGAGGAGGAGUAGGAGGGGAGGUCAAGAAGAAGAUUCAGUUCGACGAGCUUUUCGACAGGAUUAUCCUCGACCCUCCAUGUACAGCGCUGGGGCUCCGUCCUCGCCUCGCAGUCGACAUCCCUCCCAUUGAGAUGGAGCGAACUCCCGCGUAUCAGAGGAGGAUGAUGCACGUUGCUGUUGGACUUCUAAAGACCGGAGGACGGCUGGUUUACUCCACUUGCACCAUCAACCCGGAGGAGAACGAGUGUAACGUCGCCUGGGCUCUCAAGGCUCUCCCGCUCAAGCUCUUGCGAGCCUCUCCCAUCGUUGCUAAACCAGGUAGACCAGAAUCGGACAGGCAGAGGAAGGGAGAGGGGAAGGAGAAGAAGGAGGAAGAGCAGAAACAGGAGCAGAAAAAGGAGGAGAAGGAGAAGAAGGAAAGAGAAGGAAAGCAGUGGAUGGGGAAAGGGCGGAACAAUUUGCAGAUGAUUAAGAGGAGAACUUCGGAAUGA